AGGGAAAGAUGAAAUACCGUUUUUUAUACCACACAAGAAAUUGCUCGAAAAGAUCGAAUAUAAACCGGAAAUUCGGGAGCCACUGGUAAGAAUUUAUAUAAUUCUUUUUUUAAUUAAUAUUUAUCGACAGGCAUUUAAGAGCAAUAUUUCUGUAGACCGGUUUUAGCGCUCAACAAGAGAAAAUUAGGAAACAGGUGUGCAAGCCAAGUGUUUCGUUAACGAGGGUAGAAGAGAAGAUAUUGACAAAGGACGCCACUUCUGAAACACUUAUAAGUCGCAUCGCGAUUUUUGUCACUUUUCCUUUAACUUUGUAUCGGGAAUG